GGUUUCUGUAAAAUACUAAUAAUUCUUUAAAUCAUUAAGUAAUUUUCAUAUUAAUGUCAUUGUGCAACUUUUAUGUGUGAUAGUGCGUUGAAAGCACAAUUACAUUUAUUAGUUGCUAGUUAAACUUUUUAUUUCAAUCAAUGUUUUAGCGACGUACCGUUAUGUGUAAAAUUCAGCGUACCAAUUCGCAAUUUAAUAGUGCAGUGACCCACAAAAUUAAUUUUUAUAAUAAAUGACAUAUCAUUUAUAUGAGCUACUUUAAUAUAUUCAUUUUAUUUUUAUACUGCACUUUAAAUUUUUUUAAAAAUGUUUUGUAUAUAACGUUUUGUUCUGGUCUUGUUACGUUUGAGGCAGCUUUCUUUUAAAAAUAAAUAAAAAAAAACAAUGGCUUUGCGUAGAUCUCAUGGUUAUGAAGAAAUGGAUGGCACAAGCCAUCCAGAAAAUAUAAAUGAUUCUACUGCAAAUAUCUCUCCAACUGCUAUUUCCAGUACAGAUCAUUUUACUGCUCAAGAAAUAGAAUUAACUACAGUUAGCGUUGUACCAGAUGACACAUUUACUGUACCCCAGGCUGUCAAUGCGUUAGGUUUUGGUUGGUUUCAAGUAAAGCUUUCGCUAGCAACUGGAUUAUGCUGGAUGGCAGACUCUAUGGAGAUGUCUAUUUUGAGUAUGCUAGCACCAGCUCUGCAUUGCCAUUGGGGAAUCUCCAAAUAUCAGCAAGCGCUAGUUACAACAGUAGUAUUUAUGGGAAUGAUGCUGAGUUCAACAUUUUGGGGCCAUCUUAGUGAUAGAUAUGGAAGGAAACCAGCUUUGACACUAUGUUCUGUUUUAUUAUUAUUGUAUGGACUAUUGAGUGCAGUAGCUCCUAGUUUUCUCUGGUUGCUUUUACUAAGAGGUCUUGUAGGCUUUGCUAUUGGAUGUGUACCACAAUCAGUUACACUUUAUGCUGAAUUUCUACCAACUCAACAAAGAGCUAAGUGUGUAGUUCUUUUAGAUUGUUUUUGGGCACUUGGUGCGUGCCUAGAAGUCGUAUUGGCACUUGCAGUCAUGCCCACUCUAGGAUGGCGUUGGCUUUUAGGAUUAUCCACAAUACCAUUGUUGGCAUUCGCUAUAGUUACUCCAUGGCUACCGGAGUCUGCUAGGUAUCAUAUUGCUUGUGGUCAAACUGAGAAAGCUUUAUCAACACUACAUCAGGUUGCUAAAGAUAAUGGUAGACCAAUGCUGCUAGGUCGAUUGGUUUUAGAUGGUAAUGGCAGUGUUAUGAAAAAUGACUUAAACAGAGGUCGUUUAAUGGGAUUAUUAGCACCACACUUGCGCCAAACAUCUCUUCUUUUAUGGGCAAUUUGGAUGGCAUGUGCUUUUUGCUAUUAUGGUUUAGUGUUAAUGACAACUGAACUUUUUGCACCAGUUACUAUGACUAAUUUAAAUGAAACUGUGAAAACCUUGCAUGAAGUCAUAUUGUUUAAUUCUUCGAGCAUAGGGAAUAUGACAUUUGAUAAUCAAACAGUGAUCAAUACUUGUCACCCUCUUACGACCCCAGAUUAUAUGGAUUUGUUAUGGACAACCCUUGCUGAGUUUCCAGGUAUAGACAAUGUUUUUGUAUUUGAGCAAUUUUAA